AUGGAAAAGGUGAUUGAUCCUCGAGUACUUCGAGCCAGUGAUAAUAUCAUUCGUUCUGCGGAGGAUAAACGAUUAUACCGUAGCUUGCAAUUAAGCAAUCAUAUCAAGGUCAUCUUAGUACAAGAUGAUAAAGCUGACAAGGCAGCUGCAUCGUUGGAUGUUCACAUAGGUCAUUUAAUGGAUCCUCCAGAACUACCUGGAUUAGCCCACUUUUGCGAGCAUAUGCUUUUCCUCGGUACAGAAAAGUAUCCAUUGGAAAACGGUUUCUCACAGUUUUUAAGCGAGCACAGUGGCUCAUCCAAUGCUUUCACUUCAGCCGAGCAUACUAACUACUACUUUGAAGUUGCGACACAAUAUUUACAGGAAGCAUUGGAUAGAUUUUCACAAUUCUUUAUCGCUCCAUUAUUCAAUGCUGACUCAAAAGAUCGAGAAGUCAAAGCGAUCAAUUCAGAAAAUGACAAUAAUAAAAAGAGCGAUUUAUGGCGCUUAUCUCAGCUAGAUAAAUCUACAUGCAAGCCAUCUCAUCCUUUCUCAAAAUUUGGAACAGGCAAUUUAUAUACCCUUGGCACACGAGCACUUGAAAAGAAGAUUGACGUCAGGGAAGAGCUGUUGAAAUUUCACUCUCAAUACUAUUCCGCUAAUUUAAUGACUUUGGCUAUUGUUAGUAAAGAAUCUUUAGAUGAUUUAUCAAAAAUAGCAAUCGAAUGUUUUAGUUCAAUUGUCGAUAAAAAUAUCUUAAAACCGGAAUUUAACGAUCAUCCGUACGGUGCUGAUGAAUUACAGACGAAGUUUUGUGUUGUGCCGAUUAAAGAUACACCUAUUAUAGAGCUUCUGUUCCCCUUACCGGAUAUGUCUGAACAUUAUACAUCAAAGCCUUGCCACUACAUUGCUCAUUUAGUUGGUCAUGAAGGUUCUGGCAGCUUAUUAUCUUUGCUCAAAUCUAAAGGCUGGAUUAAUACGUUACAAGCUGGAGCCAAACAUGGAGCAAAAGGAUUCAUGUUCUUUAUGAUAAGCUGCAAACUUACAGAGGAGGGAUUUAAUCAUUUGAACGAAAUAAUCUCCUACAUAUUCCAGUAUUUGACGUUAUUAAGAAAUUCUGGUCCACAAGAAUGGAUAUUUACAGAAUGCCAAAAUCUUGGAGAAAUGAAUUUUCGCUUUAAGGAUAGGGAACGUCCUCAGGGCUACGCAGUUUAUUUAGCCUCGUCUUUGCAAAAAUAUCCUUUAGAAGAAGUAUUAUGUGCUCAGUUUCUUAUGCAAUCAUAUUCUCCUGACAUAAUAAAAGAAGUGUUAGACCAUUUACGUCCAGAGUCGUUUAGGCUUUUUGUGAUUUCCCCAAAAUUCGAAGAUAUAGCAGAUAAGACAGAAGAGUGGUACGGAACCCGAUACAAAGAGGAAAAAAUACCACUCGAUUUAAUCCAGAGCUGGGCUGAAGUUGGAGAAACUGACGGCUUAAAUUUGCCAAGGCGUAAUGAAUUUAUUCCUACCGACUUUGAUAUUAAGAAAUCUAGCGAUAAACCAACCCAAUACCCCACUAUCAUCAAGGAGGAUUCUCUUUCGAAGACAUGGUUUAAACAAGACAAUUCUUUCUUCCUUCCAAAAGCUUGCUUUUGCUUCGACAUUACAAGCCCUUUUACCUACGUAGAUCCAGCUCAUUUUAAUAUGACAAGAUUAUUUGUAACUCUGGUAAUGGAUUCCUUAAACGAGUUUGCAUAUGAUGCUGAAAUUGCUGGAAUUAGCUAUAUUUUACAUGCAACAUUUUAUGGUAUUCAGUUAAUUAUAAGAGGAUAUAACGAUAAACAAAAAGUAUUACUUUCAAAAAUAUUGAAUGAAGUUGCCCAAUUCAAGAUUGAUCCAAAACGUUUCCUUAUUAUCAAAAAUGAGUACAAACGACAACUGCUUAAUUUUAAAGCGGAGAAACCGUAUAUGCACGCCGCUUAUUAUGUCAAUUAUUUACUGGAAGACACCUUUUGGACAAAUGACGACCUGUCAGAUGCAUUAGAUGAUAUAUCUUGUGAACAAGUACAAGCCUUUAUACCUUUAUUUCUUUCAAGACUUUAUAUUGAAGCAUUAUUGAUGGGAAAUUUAACACAGGAGGAAGCGAUUGAAAUUAGUACUUUAGUAUGUUCAGUCUUUCGUGAUUGUGCGGGAACUAAAGCAUUACUACCAUCCCAACGUAUGAAACAUAGACAAAUUCAGCUUCAAGAUGGUUGCAGCUAUUUAUUCGAGGUAGUCAAUGAUGUACAUCCAUCAUCAUGUAUCGAAGUCUACUACCAGUACGGAUUACAAAGCACUACCACCAAUUCUCUCAUCGAAUUAUUUUGUCAAGUGAUAAACGAACCUUGCUUUGACAUCCUGCGAACAAAAGAACAAUUAGGAUAUAUCGUAUUUAGCGGAGUGAGAAGAGCGCAUGGCGCACAAGGAUUAAGGGUUCUUGUGCAAUCUGAUCAUAAUCCCGCAUUUGUUGAAUCAAGGAUCGAGGCGUUCAUGGUAUCAAUGAAGGAACACUUGGAAUUAUUAACAGAAGAGAAUUUUCGAAAGCACCUGAAUGCUUUAAUUAUUAGAAAAUCUGAAAAACCUAAAAAAUUGAAUGAGGAAUGCCACCGAUAUUUUUCGGAGAUAGUUAGCAGACAAUAUAACUUUGAUCGAGACAAUAUCGAGAUUAAUUACUUGAAGACCGUCAAUAAAACUGAACUGCUCCAAUUUUACAUGGAUUUGAUUGAAAAAGACGCUCCUAAGCGUAAGAAAUUGAGCGUUAGAGUCGUGUCUAGGAAAGUUGCAGGUAAAUCGGCAUAUGUUCAUUUUUCUGUAUGCAAUAUAUCUUAA